AAUCAUUCUCCAUUGGUCUGCAUCUUUCCAUAAGUGUGGGCUAAUGGCAUUGAAUUGAACGUUGAGUCGCCUUCUUUUUUUAUUAUUUGGGUGCAUUUUAUACAUAUUAUUCACCUCCUCUUAUUGAAAGCUCUAUUGGUUUACUGAAUAAAUGGUUGUUAGGGAAAUGGACUUGUUAGAUCAUCAGGUGACCUUGUUGCAUCCUCUGUGUUUGUCAAUCCUUUGCUUCGUCUUCUUUGCAUAUUUCUUCAUCAAAUGGCUCACUUCUCCCCCAGCUGCAACCCACAAAAGCCUUCCGCCUUCACCGCCGAAGCUCCCACUUUUUGGAAACCUCCACAGAGUUGGGCUUUACCCUCACCGCUCCCUCGUCCCUUUGGCUCAGCGUUAUGGUCCUCUCAUGUUGCUUCAUUUUGGUAGCAAGCCUGUGAUCAUUGUCUCGUCCGUAGAGGCGGCCCGCGAGGUCAUGAAAACACAUGAUCUUGUUUUCUCAAGCAGACCCAAGCUAAGAAUUACUGAGAAGCUUCUUUACGAUCGCAAGGACGUGGCGGCUGCUCCAUAUGGUGAGUAUUGGAGAAAGAUGAAAAGCAUAUGUGUACUCCAACUCCUGAGCAACAAAAGAGUUCAAUCUUUUCGAUCUGUGAGAGAAGAAGAAGUAGCGAUAUUGAUAAAGAAGAUCGAGCAGAGUUGUUCUUCGUCUUUGCCAGUGAAUUUGAGCGAGAUGUUUUCUUCACUGGCAAACGAUGUGAUAUGCAGGGUAGCUUUUGGGAAGAAGUAUAGGGGAGAAGAUAGGAAAAAGUUUAGGAAGCUGAUGGAGGACGUAAUGAGGUUAUUGGGAGGCUUCAGCGUUGGGGAAUUCAUUCCUUGGCUUGCGUGGGUGAAUUGGGUAAAUGGUUUUGAUGCGAAAGCUAAUAGAACUGCUAAAGAGCUUGAUAAGGUUAUAGAUGCAAUCAUUGAAGAUCAUAUGAUGAAUCGAGAUACAAAAGAAGAUUCAAAUAAGGAUUUUGUGGAUAUUCUGCUUGAGAUUCAAAAGGAAAACACUGAUUCGCUUGACACUGAAAGUAUAAAGGCUCUGGUUUUGGAUAUGUUUAUUGGCGGGUCUGAUACCUCUUCUACAGUACUAGAAUGGGCGAUGACAGAGCUAAUAAGGCACCCUAGAGUCAUGAAGGAAUUACUGAAUGAGGUGAAGAGAAUUGGUGAUGGAAAAACAGAAAUAACAGAAGAUGAUUUGCAGGAAAUGCAUUAUCUCAAAUUGGUGAUUAAAGAGGCCCUUCGAUUGCAUACUCCUUUCCCCUUACUAGCUCCAAGAGCAUCAACCCAAGAUGUUAAAAUAAUGGGAUAUGACAUUACUGCUGGAACUAUGGUUUUAAUCAAUGCCUGGGGUUUGGCAAGAGACCCAAAGUAUUGGAGCAAGCCUGAAGAAUUCUGGCCUGAGAGGUUCUUGAAUAAUUCUGUAGAUUUUAGAGGCCACCACUUAGAGUUCAUUCCAUUUGGAGCAGGUAGGAGAAGCUGCCCUGGAAUUCCAUUCGCCAUGCCAAUUAUUGAGACAAUGUUGGCGAAUCUGGUGAAGAAGUUUGAGUGGACAUUGCCUGGUGAAGCCAUGUUGGAGAACUUGGACACUGCUGAAUCUAUUGGUAUUACGGCCCGUAGAAACAACCCCCUUUUUGCUAUUGCAACUCCUAUUUCUCACUAGUCUUAAUGUGGGUAGCAAUAACUAUUCCUUUCUGGUGUUAAUGUAGGUCCAAGUAAAAAUUUCUCGGUAAUGAAAUGUCGUGGGCUCUACGGCAGCCUGAGUUGCAAUUAAUAUUAUUAAUAAUAAUAAAGUCCACUUUUAUCC